AUGGAGGCUGUGAAAGAAACGCUGGCGAAUCUCGAGGAACUGAAACCGCAGCUUGAAGAGAUGAUUUCUUUAGCCCGACCUGAGGUUCUUGCCCAAAUGCAGCCAUUGCAGCGAGCUAAGACUAUGUACUUGCUCGCCGAAGCCACCACUACUCUUUUCGCUCUGAAGUUGAGGUGUACUGGCGUUAAUCCCGAUGAUCAUCGUGUUAAGUCUGAAAUGGAGAGGCUAGACGUGUACAAGGAGAAGCUUCAGCGGAGUAUGGAUCGAAGUAAAGAACCAUUGCGUCCGACUACUGUCUUAAACCGUCAGGCAGCAGCUCGAUUCAUCGAACACUCUCUGCCUGAUCUUACAUCUGCCCAAAAGCAGAGCAUGAAAGGCCUCAAUAAAGGAGAGAAAUCAAGGAUCAGUGCGAAAAAGAGGAAAUACCAAUCAAAUGAGAAACAGUCUGUUCAGUCUGCCGCAAAGGAAUUUCUUGAAAAGGCAGCUCGUGAGAUCAACGGUAAUGAUGAAAACCGUUUGAAGGGCCCUCUAAUGGCAGCAGCUGAUGGUUCAGAUGAUGUUGAAAUUGGUACAGCCUGA